UCAUUAAAAAUGGCACAGUUAAAGACAUUGUUGCUGGUACUGUUCGUUCUUUUGACAGUAGUUCAAGUUGCAUUCGGAGAAUGCAGUAACAACCUGACCGAUACUAAGGCCAAGUAUUUCAACCUGCCGCAGUGCUGUGUCGAUUCUCGUGAUCGUCACUCUGGAAUCCAGAUCAUCCAACCUCAACCGGGUUUUGGUGAACCGUUUGGGGUGUACUGCGAUCAGGACUACGAAGGUGGUGGCUGGACCGUGAUUCAGAAUCGCUUCGAUGGAUCGGUCAACUUCUACCGGGGUUGGAAGCAGUACGAGGAUGGGUUUGGCAGCAUGGAGGGCGAGUUUUGGCUGGGGUUGAAGAAGAUCCACGAGUUGACGUAUUCGAAAAAGUACGAGUUGGUGGUACUGAUGGACGAUUGGGAAGGUUACCGGGCGGUUGCAAGAUAUAGUCGAUUUUCGCUGGCAGGUCCCGAGGAGAAUUAUACGCUGAAAAGUGUUGGGAAUUACUCCGGGACGGCGGGAGAUUCGCUGAGUGUUCAGGUUGGAAUGAAGUUUUCCACCUUGGAUGUGGAUAACGACACGCAUGAAGAUGGAUCCUGUGCCGUUAUGUAUCAAGGGGCGUGGUGGUAUGCGGUGUGUCACCAAAGCAACCUUAAUGGGGCUUAUAUGAAAGGAACAGUUCCGGAUUUUGCUGUAAUGAUGUGCUGGAAGUCGUUCAAAGGAUAUUAUUAUGGGCUUAAAACCUCAAGAAUGAUGAUCAGAGCUGUCAAAUAGUUUUUACUCAGCGCAAAAUAACAUAACUGCAGUUUAUAUGGAAUUCCAAUAUGAAAUACUGUAACGGGAAUUUGAGGCAUGAGGUCCAAACUGCUAAAGUGAAAUAAACGUAUUUUACACCGACCAACAA